AUGACUUAUCCAUUUGAUCAUCACACGCCAGCCGGAUUUAUAUUUGCGUAUAUUACGCAAUUGAUUGGUGGUAUCACGGUACAUUCUUAUUUUUGUGGAUCAGAUUGUUUACUUUUGGCCACCAUACACUUGGUUAAUAUGCAAUUCGUCUCGCUGGCUCUGCGUAUUAAGAAAUUCAAAGCCCAAACAUAUGAGAAGGACUUAGAGCAGCUGAGGAAAAUACUCAAAGUACAUAUAAGCGCCCAUCACGUAUCGAUAUUCUUAAAUUAUCUCAUCUCAAUUGCGGUACUUGUGAUGAUUGGCGUUCAAGUUAUUAGUGGAUCCGAAUUUUGGGAUUUAUCCAAGUUUUUGGGUUUUUUAAUAUCAUCCGUUAGUCAAGUUUAUUAUAUAUGUUUGUAUGGUUCGUUGUUGCUCGAUUACAGCGGCAAAAUUGGUGAAGAAAUGAUGAGCCAGGAAUGGUAUUUGGCAGAUAAUCGUUAUCAGCGUAUGUUGAUUUUGGCAAUUGCACGUUCUCAACGUCCAGCUCAUUUAACAGCUUAUAAAUUUUUUAUGAUCUCUAUGGAGAGUUUCGCCAACCUCAUGACAACAUCCUAUCAAUUUUUUACUUUACUUAAAGCUCGCAUGGAAGAACAUAACUGA